UUUAGUUCAAUUACUAUUUAAAUCGUAAAAGCAUUACGCUAAAAACGUAAAAAAGAAAAGAAAAACAGAACUUGUUAUUUACAAGUGGAAGAUAUUUUUACUGGCGUUUGUUUGCACACGGAAUGUUUAGAACGACGGUCAAAAAUAAUGAGUGUCUUCUUGAUAGCGUGUAUAGUUUUGUCCUAUCUUUUUUGGAUCAAAUGCAUUUAUCGUCACCAUCCGAAGACUUUAAAGAAGUCUUUGAAACAUCUAAUGACUGUCGGAGCAGGCAGCGAAACAGCUGUAUCUGACGUCCGAGCCCUGAUUGUUACUGCACACCCGGAUGAUGAAUGUAUGUUCUUCGCGCCGACGAUCAUACGACUGCUGCAAUUAAAAGCCAGCGUUCAUUUGUUAUGUUUGUCAGAAGGUAACUACUACAAUCAAGGAGCUCAGCGAAAGCAAGAACUGUGUGACAGCUGUGCUGUUUUGGGAAUACCAGCCUCGCAAAUUACUAUAGUCCAACAUAAAGAUCUUCCUGAUGAUCCAAAAGCCAAAUGGAGCAUCGCAUUGGUCUCUUCUGUGAUUAUGAAGCAUUUGAGGACUCACUCCUUCAACAUGGUUCUGACCUUCGAUGGAAAAGGAGUGAGUGGCCAUGCGAAUCACAUCUCCAUCUACAAUGCAGUCAGCCAUCUUGCUUUCACUGGACAAGUGCCUCAAGACUGUUGUUUGCUCUCCCUGGUGACUGUUGACCUCUUCAGGAAGUAUAUCUUCUUCCUGGAUCUUCCCCUCAGCUGGCUGUUGACCUCCAGUCUCUGCUGCACUAUAAGCUGCCAGGGUUACAUGCAGGCCAAAGCCGCGAUGCUUUGUCAUCGCUCUCAGUUGCUGUGGUUUCGUUACCUAUACGUUACCUUCUCACGCUACAUGUUCACAAACACGUUCAGAAUAAUCCCGCAUGGACCAAAGGACUUUAAGAUUUAUUAAAUGUUUAUUCUUUGACCGAUACUACUGCUAAUCAAAUUGUUUACAGAUUUGUGAAGUGGAAUGUUUUUGACCUUUUCUCUCUUUUUUUUAGUUACUGUUUCUAAAUAAACUUUUCAUAAAUCAUAUUUUUUUACCUCAGGAUUAUAAUGUGUAAUAGUUAUAAUAGACUUGACAUGGUUAAAAAAUGUGGUGGAGCUUUUCAUUCUCAUCUUGUAAAUGUACUUUUGUCAUGAUAGAAAAAAUAUAUUACUGAAUAAAUAUAUUGAAAUGUUUUAUAGCUGCUAUGUUUUUUUGUUUUUUUUUUAAUCUAGGGCAUGUCCACACAUGUCUCUAAAAUCUUGUGAACUCGCAUGCUCCCUCUAACCCCCAUCACACAAACAUUCUUCAUAGUUACACUCCACCCAGUACCUGGAUGGAGGUGGAGCAGUUAGAUACAAUAGCAAGAAAGAGGCCAUUCAUUAGUUUCUGUAAGAAAACACAGGCAAAUAUACUGUAUGACACUCUGGGUGACACUCCAGUAAC